AUUUGAGAAAAAUAUCCAUCAUUUUCGUUUCCGGGCUGUAUCGCCCGGAACAGCGCUCUCACUACUCACGACGUGCCAAGCGUUCAGGGUUGUGUCACUCGAGAGAGCGCUCUCAAUUCUCAUGUACACCAAGUCAGUCAGUCCAGUCUCCUGGCAGCAGUCAAUGUGUCGUGUUUUGAGGACGGGUGAUUCUCUCGUUGACAACAUCUGUGGUUAUUUGCUAUUAUUUUAAAAUGCCAUGUUGCCCAAUUUGCCGUAUUGCAAUCCCGGGGGAAAGAAAUUAAAGUAAUUCGUGUGUCCAAGGAUCCGGAUAGAAAGCGACUAUGGGAGGAGGCAUUAAAUUGCGAAUUUGGCAACAGCUGCCGGAUAUGGGAAAAGCUCUUUGAGCCAACCGUUUGGAAGGAAGCCUCAAAGAAAUUCAAAUCAAUCGCAAAGCGACGCCGCCUAAUGAUCGAUGCGAUUCCACGACAUCUGAUGACAGCCGGAAGAGCAUCUCAGGAAUUGCAGUGCGCAUACAGAUUCGGAAACGAUGCAGGGCGACAUUCUAUUGGAAAACAUUCGGAUGAGGCAACAAAUAUCCGCACUGCAGCAGGAAAACUUGCAGUUAAGCCAGAAGUUGGAGGAGAUGAAUUCACUUGGCAAGAUAUUCAAGGGAGCGCAGUUGAUCAGUUGAAGUGUGGCGAGAAGGCGACGAAGUACUGGAACUCGGAGGACAUAUCUUAUGGGAUUUGUCUACACGCAGCUGGUCCACGCGCAUGCCUGGAAGCAAUUCGUUUAUUUCAGUGAGGAGUCGAGACAAUCAAGCCAAUUCGAACUAAACUCUACAAGUGGGAUACCCAAUUAUGGCAAUAGUCGGCGACAUGGCUCCAGUUAUCUCCGACAACAGGAAAAACGAGGACAGCCAAAUUAUGUGGACACAACUAGGUAUCUCAGACAGCAGGAUAUGGUUUCCACAUCAGCGAAGAUCACCUAAAUGCUGUCAGACAGAAGAUCGAAUUGACAAAACAAUUAUUUUUGAAAUCAACUGCGUUGCUCCCCUCUGGGAUUGGAUGUGAAAAAUGCCUGCGAGAUGGCCGAGUUUUUUGAGUUUGAGCAGUUUAAGUAUAAAAUACGCAAAUAUAUAAUGGGUAUGCAUAAGUUUUUUGAAAAACAACCGAAUUUGUCAGCAUUCAAUAAAUUAACUGCAACAGAAAGCACAUUAA